GCGAGCUGUAGGACCAGGUCCAGGUACUGGGGCUUUCUCCGUGGUCUUGUUCGCUCUCAGCCGUUGAGAACAGCCUUGAGUUGAGGAAAUUGUGGCCGGACAAAGAGCGAGGCAGUUCUGCUCCCUGUCGCCCUGGCUGGCAGCUGCUAAGCCUGUGCACCUGCAGCGCGUCUGGCGGGAGAGGAGUGGCCCGGUCCUCUGGGGAUGUUGGGGCAGGCUCUCGCCCUCACCCUCCUCCUGCUCCUCCAGGGGCAUCGGGGCCAAGGUUCCGCUGAACGUGUGGUUGGACUCUCAGGACAGCAACUCUUCUUACAGCCCCUCGGGGUGCCGACAAAGCACAUAAACUCUGCCCAAUGGAAGGUGAAGUGGUACUUAGCUUCGGAAUUUUCCGUGAUACUGACUUGGAAGAAUGGGUCUGAUGUCAAAUACGUACCCCAGACUAGUAAUCAUUUCGACAGUACACUCAGUUUUACAACCGAGAACUUAGCGCUUCUCAUCAAGGCAGUUCGGCUGAACCACAGUGGCUGCUACAACCUGGAGGUGACUGAUGAGAAUGGGAAGGUGGAUAAUCACUACUUCCAGGUUUCUAUAUUUGAUCAUAUCGAGAUGCCCCAAAUACUGAAGGAGUGGAGGGUCCUGGAAGGAGAUACAUGUCAACUGUUUCUGUCCUGCUCGGUCUCGAGCAGUGGUAACGUGAGCUAUGCUUGGUAUAGAGGGAGUGAGCUGAUCCAGACAGAAAUGAAUCUCACCAGAUCAGAAGAGCAGGUUGUCAAUGACUCAUACAUAUAUACCUGCAACGUCAGCAAUCCAGUCAGCUCGGCAAACCACACCCUCAGACUCACCCAGGGCUGUCCGACUGCCAGCAAGCAAGACAACUUUGUGUACUUUCUGGUGAUCGUCGGCAUUUGUCUACUCAUACUGUUCCUGGUCACCCUCACCUGCUUCUGCGUGUGGAGGAGGAAGAAGCAGCAGUCAGCGGCCUGCCCGGGGGAGCCUCUGACGGUUUAUGAAGAUGUCAACCACGUGCAGAUGGGGAGGAAUCAAGAGCAGAACCAGAAUCCGCCUGGGGAAGGGAGCACCAUCUACUCCAUGAUCCAGUCCCAGUCUUCUGCUCCUACAUCACAAGAAAACAAUACGUUGUAUGCAUUGGUACAGCCUUCCCGGAAGUCUGAAUCUAAGAAGAACCAGAGCUCUUCCUUCAGUCAUACUAUCUAUGAAGAGGUUGGAAAGAGACAACUCAAAGCCCAGAACCCUGCUCGGUUGAGCCGCAAGGAGCUGGAGAACUUUUGCAUAUAUUCCUAAUUGCUGCAGCUGUUCC